AUGGGAUGUGCAUGGAGUGAACCAGCUAAAGUUCAGCAGGAUAAGAGUAGGGCUAUAGAGAAGCAAAUAAGACACGAUGCAGAAAAAUCAAUGAAAGAGGUCAAGUUACUUCUUCUUGGUGCUGGUGAGUGUGGGAAGUCGACAGUUUUAAAACAGAUGAAAAUAAUCCAUGGUGAAGGUUACAGAGAAGAAGAGAGAAAAGAGUACAAACCCAUCAUUUUUGCCAACACCCUUCAGUCGAUGAUAAAAAUACUAAAAGCAAUGGAGACACUGGAUAUAACGGCGGAUGGUUUCGAUCAAGCAGAUGAAUUAAAGCACCUAAACGGAUAUUUACCUACAGUUGAAGAAGGAGAUUUUCCUGAGGAUUUAUCAAAACUUUUACUAAAACUAUGGAACAACACAAGUGUGCAGAAAUGUUUCGCACGUUCCAAGGAAUACCAGCUGAAUGAUUCCGCAGGCUACUAUCUCACUUCUAUUGAUAGAAUAUCAGCUCCUGAUUACUUGCCAACUGAACAAGAUGUAUUGAGAUCUAGGGUGAAGACAACAGGUAUAGUCGAAACGAACUUUCGGUUCAAGGAUCUAGACUUUAAGGUUUUCGAUGUCGGUGGACAACGUGCUGAACGUAAAAAAUGGUUACAUUGUUUUGAAGGUGUUACUGCUAUUUUAUUUAUAGUUGCUAUGUCAGAAUAUGAUUUAAAAUUAGCUGAAGAUCAAACAACUAAUAGAAUGCAUGAAUCAUUACAAUUAUUUGAUUCAAUAUGUAAUAGUCAAUGGUUUGUUGAAACAAGUAUGAUAUUAUUUUUAAAUAAAAAAGAUUUAUUUAAUGAAAAAAUACAAAAAUCACCAUUAACAAUAUGUUUUCCUGAAUAUACUGGUGAACAAACAUAUGAAGAAGCAUCUAAUUAUAUAAGAGAAAAAUUUGAAGAUGUUAAUCGUAGAAAAACAACUAAAACAAUUUAUACACAUUUUACAUGUGCUACUGAUAAUAAUAAUAUACGUGUUGUAUUUGAUGCUGUUAUAGAUGUAAUUAUUAAAUCAAAUUUAAAAGAUUGUGGUUUAUUUUAA